AUGGAAGAAAAAGAAAAUCUCAUUGUCUGCAUGGAUAAUACAGAGUCGCUUCAAGACUCUUUUUCCAAAUUUUUGCAAGCGAAAAAAAGAGAAAUUAAAAACCGAAGUUUUACAAUUAAAAAUAAUAAUUAUAAUCGUGAAGACCCAGAGUUCAGAAAUCAAUUAAGACAAAAAUUUAUUGAUAGAGCAAAGCAUUAUAUUGGGACUCCUUAUGCCCAACGAUAUCAUGAGCCAGGGACAGACGCUUAUAACAGUCCUUUAUUUUUAGAUUGCUGUGGACUUGUAAGGCAAGUAGUUUUUGAUUUGAGCUCAGAAUUUGGAUUUACCCUAUGCAGAUGGAACCAAGCCUAUCAGUCUGAUACCUUAGACUAUGUAAACUACGAAGACAUGAAGCCAGGUGAUUUGGUAUUUUUGUCUGGGACUUAUUAUAGUCCCAAAAUGAAAAAGCAAAUACAUGAUAUGGUCCAUGUAGAGAUUUUCUUACUCCUCCUCUACGUGAGAUACAACACCAUUGGAAAAAUCCCUAUUUUUUUUGCCCAAAAGCACACCCUCCGUGAGCGAAUAAACAAUUUUUUAUGAAAAAUAUAUAAAUGAUAAUUAUUAUAACGAAAUCUCUAGCUAUUUCUGAUUAAUUUUGAACAGCUUGCGUUUUAAAAUAUAUAAAUUUCGCAAAUUAAAUUAAUUUUUGAUUCUCAAUUUUUCAAUUGGAGUUUUUUUUUUAAAAUUGUAAAAAAUUUCUUUAAAUUUCUAUAUAAAUUUUUUUUAAAAAAAAAAUAAACCCCUCCGUAAGCGAAUAAAAAUUUUUUAUAUGCUCACGGAGGGGGAGUUAGGAGGAGAAACUGGAGAACAGACCAUUGGUGCCAGAUGGUGGAAAGGUAGGGUACAGAUUUUUGACACUUACAAAUUUGUUAGUACAAAUUACUAUGACAUAAAAUAUCAUUAUAAGUCAAUUGAUAGAUGGCUGCAUGGAAUUUGUCAAUCUGUUUGCCCUGAACAUAAAUGGGUUGAUGAUCGAAAAAAUCGAUGGAUGCCUCGGAAUUCUAUUUUUAUGGAAGAAAGCUGCGAAGCCGUUGAAGAAAUUCAGGAUGGGACUAUUGAAGAGGAAAGAGAAAACGUUCGGAAUGAAAGAAUAGAAAGAGACUGUAUAGCUGUGCCUUUAGAAAUCGAAACUUCAGCUGAGGCUCAAAGCUUAAUGGUUAAUGAAUAA